AUGUCUAAGAAGUCCAAGAAUUCACAAGCUAAGAACAAAUUGAAAGAAUCUACAAAAGAAAAAGAGGAAAUGCAUAAAAGUGUAAAUUAUGGAUCAGCUACAGAGCAACAAAACGUCCUAAACAAGCUUACAUCAAAGCAAAUUCGGCAAUAUAAGACACUGUUCAACCUAAUAGACCAGGAUCAUGAUCAGAAGAUAUCGUUGAAAGAUUUAAAGACAACGAUAGUUAGUCUUGGGAUGGAAAGUAUGGAUGAUGACUCAGUUCUGAAAAUGCUACCCGAGGGAUCCAAGGAGAUGAAUUUGAACGCCUUUUUGAAGCUGAUUGGUGCGAAAUUUCAAGGUUUUAGUGAAAGUUCAGAAUUGGAAGAUGCAUUCUCUGUUUUCAAUAACCCAUCCUCAAAAGACAGUGGAAUAGAUGCCAACAGGCUGAAAGAUGCUUUGCUUGAUGCAAAUGAAAGGCUUAAAGGAACGGAAGGGCUUUCUCUAACGGAAGACGAGAUGGAUACAGCAAUUGAUGAUUUUAGCAAGGAGAACAAAAUAUCGGGAAAGAAGACAUUUCUAGCAGAUAAGUUUAUUGAAACGAUAAGUAAUUAA